AUACUAGAGUCUAUAUGAAGUAGCCUAUACUAAGAUAUCAAGUAUGCAAUAAUAAUCUAGUACUUUUGCUUACUCGCAAGUAAACGUUUGGUAUUAUCUUCAGAUAACUUUAUUUAUUUAUCAUGCUAUCAUGAAGUUCCAGUUCGGAGUUUGGUUAUUUUUAUGUAUAUCAUCCCGCUUCAACGUUAGCUCUGGAAGUGAAGCUGGUGCUGCACCGCAUGGAUUCGCUCCUGUGAUUAUUGUACCAGGCGAUGGUGCCUCGCCUAUCGAUGCAAAGAUUAAAGCAAAAUCAAACUGUGAUUCAAGGAAAGAAUGGUUUCGAAUGUGGCUUAACGUUGAAGAUAUAAUGCUCGGUCGUUUUCCCUGUACUGCAAAGAACAUGAUGCUGAAUUUUAAUCUCACCACAAACACGAGUCACGUCCAGCCUGGUGUAGAAACCCAGAUUCCAGGAUGGGGAACUGCCCACACUGUUGAAUACGUCGACGACCACGCGUUUGCGAGGAUCUUCCACAUUGCCUUUGAUGCAGCAUACUUAGUACAAGCCAUGGUAUCAUGGGGAUAUACCAGAGAUGUUUCGAUCAGAGGAGCGCCGUACGAUUUCAGAUUUGCAAUGGCUUCACAGCCAGAAUGGUGUGUAAGAUUCAAGCUUCUGGUUGAGGAUACAUAUGUAGCAAAUAACAACCGAAAAGUAUCGAUAAUAUCUCAUAGCAUGGGUGGAUUUUUCGCCUCUUGGUUUUUGAACAAGCAAUCACAAAUAUGGAAGGAUAAGUUCAUUCAUUCUUUCAUUGCUUUGUCGACACCUUGGGGAGGAUCAAAUAAAGCUCUUCAGUCAAUAACAUCAGGCUAUAACUUCAAUGUACCGCUGGUAAAAGUACGAGAUUGCAAAAUGAUCCAGAGAACAUUUGAAUCAAAUUAUCUGCUGAUGCCGAACUAUCUCUUCCACAAGCCUAAUCAUAUUUUCAUCAAGACCCCGAAGUACAAUUUCUCGCUGAACCCGGAAGAUCUUGAUUUAUACUUCGAGGCCUCAAACAACAAAGUUGGAAAACUAAUUUAUGAAAAGAUAAUGCGCGAAAACAGACUCAAGCGCACGAAAGGCGGAAUGCUUUUUGAGCACCCAAGAGUUAAAACAUAUUGCUUUUAUGGGGUUGGUCUUCCUACUCCAGGGUUGUUUUAUUACCCCAAAAAUUUUCCUGACCAACAACCGGUUAUACAAAAAGUUAGUGGUGAUUUUACAUUGGUUCAUGAAAGCCUACGUGGGUGUAAAAUAUGGGAAGAAGAUUUUGUUAAAAAUAACGCGUCGGAUGAAAAGUUAUUCACAGAGGUUCACGAAUUACCUGGUGUAUCUCAUAUAGGUAUAUUUGGUGAUCCGAGAACUCAAGAAAAAAUUAAGUUAAUUUUGUCUGAUUUGUGAUGUUGAACUUACUAACAAUGAUGAGUUGACUUGCCAUUGAACCGCGCUGUUCAUUCCUAUUUUGACGAUUCCUAUACUAUAUUCAAUUGAAAGAAUAAAUAAAAUAAAAAAACUCGUAGUAAUUUUCGAGUUUUCUGUAGUAACUUUGUAAAAUAAAAGAUCCUUGACCAGAAAUUUA